AUGGCAUUCUGUGUCUCGAAUCUUCCGCGACUGGCAGCAAUGGGUAACUUUUUGGGCUUUCGUUUUUCUCAUCACCGAUGACUUCGACAGUGCUCCGGGCACUCAGAUACGGACAUUCUGGGCAUUUAAUAAGUGCAAUGUUAAUAGGUUUCUCAAUUCGCGUCUGAUGUGUUAUUAGAGAAAUAAAGGAUGGGGAAAGCCCAUACUUUUGAAGUUGUAUCUCUCCACCGAAAUACGCUAUUCUAGCUUGAAACCUCUUGAAACUUUUUCUUGCUCCCAGUAGCGUUCAGAGCUAUUUCGACGUCUGCGAUCAAUCAGAUUCGCAAUAAUUCUUAUUUACCGCCUCUCCUAAAAUUUCUUAACGUGGCUUUCGAAGCGGAAUCGAGUUAGGAUCAUUGAUUUUUUUGAGGCGCUUUCCGAAGACUAAUUGUUCGACUCAUUUUUGAUUUAUUACCGCUUUCGGAUUAUGUAACUGGUUCAGAAAGUUUCAAAAACGAAUUAUGAGAUAAGUAAUGAGAUGGUAUAGCAUGUGUAACACGACUCGGAAUUUCACCAAACGACAUUCCGCUGUUCCGCUGCGUGCCCUUUCGAACCUUGGUCGCGUUUUUAAAUUUUUUUUUUCUUUUAUUAAGUUACUCCACUUUCAUGUGCUCUCACAGCGGGAAAAUUCCAGAAUCGCCCCCCACACUGUUUUUGCCCCCCGCGUUCCAACAAGCCCCCCACCAAGCCAAGUUCCGAUCUGUGGGGGGUGAAAUAGGAGGACUUCAUGUGGGGGGAAGAAUCGAACGCGGGGGGUGAAUAUGUAUUCUAGAAUGGCCCCCCACAGUACAAAAACGGGGGCGAUUCUGAAAAUGCCUAGGCAAUCUUUCAUAUUUGCCCCCGCACGGCUUUGAAAUAGUCCCCCAGAGCUCAUUCGAACAAGCCCCCUCCCAUUUCAGAAUGACCCCCCUCUCAUUUCAGAAUGGCCCCCUCCAUUUCAGAAUGGCCCCCUCCCAUUUCAGAAUGGCCCCCUCUAUUUCAGAAUGACCCCCUCUAUGUCAAGUAUUUUUAUUUAUUUGACGAAUUGUUCACUGUGGCUCAGUUUUUUUCGAAGCGAGCCACAGUCGGCUUCGCGCUAUGCGCGCUCCGCUUCCGUGUGAAGCCUUAAAAACUAAGCCUAUUUUUCCUAAGUAAUUUAUUAAUUAAUGUGCAUGAAAAGAAAAAAAGCGAAAAAAAUUCUAUUCCUCAGAACAAUUACUUUAUUGAAAACUAAUAAAGUUCAUCUUAAAUUGUUCUAAGUGGUCAGCGCCCCAUAGUUUUAUGAUAUUCGUACGUAUCUCGGCGAGACGUACCCGUAAACUUCUUUGUCUGACUUGAACUUCUCAUGAAACUCGGUCAGCGACCUAAUUUCUUCCAUGGUCUAAAAAACAAAUCACAAAAAUUAUUAAAUUCACAAAAAGAACACGAAUUUACAUGCGAAAAUACAAAAAAAAACCAUUUGAAACAACCAAGAACCACGAAUGAUACGAAAAAAUUAGAAAAUAAAUUUAAAAAUGGAUGCUGUGACACGUGUCCUGCGUGAUCGUUGCGUGACUUUUUUUCGGUGUGGGGGUUAUACUGGAUAGUUCCGGGGGGCUAUAUUGGAUAAGUGUGGGGGGCUUGUUCGAACGUGUCGCGGGGGGGUGAUAUCCAACAUAUGCGGGGGGCUAUACUGUAAUAUGCCGGAAUGUCGUUCGGUGAAAUUUCAAGUCGUGGCACACAGACUAAAGCUAAUACUUUUUUCUCGGUUUUUUGGCCUUAUGUGACAUGAAGCUCAUUUUCUGUAAAUAAUUUCUAUUUCAGUUUAAUAUAAAUAUUUUUCACAAAGUUCAAACUAAGUUCAAAAUAUCCUUGUAAGUUCGGAUCUUUUUUUCCAAGGUUCUUCGAAAGCUCGACUGAAAAGGCAGCUAGUCUACGUCUUCGGGAUCCUAUUUUGCGCGAUAUCAAGGGCUACGGUCGAAGGUAAUUUGUCUUUUUGUUUUCUACUUUCAGAAUAUUCAACAAGCAAACUCCAAAAGAAUUUUAAAAAAACGUUAGAACUCACUGGAAUUUUGAUAUGUUGUGCACUAGUGUUUCUAAAUUUGACCGUUCGACCAAUUCGAUAGUUCAACUGAUUUGACCGGUUAUAACAUGUCAUUCUUGUGACCGUUCGUUUGACCGACCAGUUUCUCAAACGGUCAGUUUUCGAAACUAUCAUAUGCACCACAAAGUUUUGAAUAGAUUGAAAGGACAUUAUGUGAUGAUUUCCGGUUUUUCAACUUUUUUUUCUAUAAAUUCUUUCAAACAUAUUCAAGGUGCAAUAGCACAAUUUUGAUGAAUAAGAGGUCACAUAAUACUAGGAAAUGCAGUUGUGCAUGCAGUCUUGAGGGCUGCGUCAUAGCUAUAGACGCACCCCCAUUAUUUCAGUUUUCAAAAGAUAUGUUGAACUUCCUGCAAUCAAACCUAUUUUAUAAUGAACAUAGCUGAAAUGACUGACAUCACAAAGAGAACUACAGAAGACUCAGUAUAGUCGAUGUGCCACGACUUGAAAUUUCAUGGAACGACACUCCGUUGGGUGGCCGAGGCCGUGAAAGCGCCUUGCCUUUGCGAAUUUCGGUCGCGCUUUCCUUUUUUUCUUUUUAUUUGAAAUUUUCAUUAUUUUUAAUUAUGUUUUAAUAGUUUUCUUCGUGCCAAACUCAUAAUUAUCUUUUUCUAGUGGAUAGACUGUUUCAUUGAUAAAAAAAUAAAAUAGAGUAAUUUUUCGAAUUUUUAAGAGAAAAAUGCGUUUAUAAUAUUUGAAAGUUUUUUUCAUGAGAUGGUCUUUGGUUUUUGUUCAAUAUAUUCCGUUAUUUUUACCUUCAUUGAGCCUUUAUCGACAUUUCUUUUUUUCAUUUCAAAUAAUGUAAAAAAAUAUCCCAAUCAGAAAUAAAAUACACAGUGAAUGAUUUUUUUAAAAAAAUUGAAUGUUUCUACAUCGACGAAGGAACGAAAACCUUUCUUCAAAUUAUGGUGCAUGUGCUCAUGGAAGUAAACGUCUUCAUUUUAUAAGACACUCAAUUUCUGAAAAAACCAUUAACGACUGCAAACAGAAAAAAAAACGAUGAAAACAUUAAAACAUGGCCAUAAAAAAAAACACAGAAACUUUUGUAGAAUAUUGUGGUGUUUACGGCCUAUUUCACCCGCAAAUCUUUUUACUAAACCUUUGAAACCUUUUUUGAGAAACGAGAAAAACAAUAUUAGAGCGAUUGACGAAUACAUGAAGUUUUUCAAACUUUUUUUUAUCGCUUUUUUCGAGAAAGAUCAUGAAAUUUACUGUGUUCUUUUGUUUACAUUUGUACAACGCAAUCCUUUUCAACGAAAAUAAUACAUUUUGAAGGAAUAAAAAAACUAAAAAACGAUCAAAAUUAGAAUGAAAACCAAAUAAAAAUUAGCGUGGCCGAGGUUGGCAAACUCGCAAGAUGCGCGCUACCGCACAAAUCAAAACAGCGGAGUGUUUUUCCAUGAAAUUUCAACUAGUGGCACAUCGACUAUACAAAAAAUUUUCGAAAUCCGUCAAAAAUGGUUUUUUGACCGGGUCAUAAUUAUAGACGCACUUUGGCACAGGGCUCAUUUUUAAGUUUUGUUGGAACUUCGGCAUUUCUUCUUGAUUUUAAAUAAUUACUAAAAUAGUAUGAGGAAAGAAUUUUAAGUAAUUUUUAAUCAAGCAACUUUAUUUUCAAAUCAUGCGAAAAGCGAAAGAAAAAAUCGAAAAUUGGUAAAAAAAAAAAGUUCAUCAUACUAGAGACAUCUUCGAAUUUUGUUUUCUGGCGUGUAUGAAAGUAAGAUUUUCAGUUUGAUGUUUCCAGGGGCAUGUUGCAAAAGGGCUAUGAUUGCAUAUAGCUCUGGAGAAGCCAUCCCGCCAGAGUGCCAAGAUAACUCAGUGACAUGCACAGAGGAACCGACUUUUCUGGAAAAUCCUUCUUCUCUCCGAAUACUUGAUUCUUUUUUGAAACGCGCUACGAGAACUGGCUCCAUUACCAUAUUGGAUAACAAAAAUGUAGAAAUCCUGAUCUCGAAUUUGGAAGAAAUUGUUCAUAAUGGCCAAGGUAAGGCUUUUUUGAAAUUCGAAAAACACAAAAUAAUUCAGUAAUCCAUGAAAUUAUUUAUUCAAUUAUUUAAAACCAUCCAUUUUUUUAUAAGUUCAUCGGGAAUGUCCUUUUAAAAGGGUUGGAAAAUCCAAAACCGUUGCUCCGUGACGUCAUGCUAUCUCUUUCUGACCGACUCUGGAACACACCAGUGAUCUGGCGUUGCCGCCAAGAGCCGCGUACGCAUACGCUACGCGUCCCGCCCCCUCUCUACAAGAAACGUGCACGGUGCGAGCACUGAUUUUGCACUUUUUGCUGCACGGUGCAUGUCGUAGAUUUGCACCUCGCAGUUUUGGGUCUUUUUCAGUGCGGGUGUAGUGCAACACCGCGCGGUGCUGACACUCCGGAUCGGAAAAUUAAACAUGCUUUGCUACUCAAUUUAGGCCUUUUUCUUUCUCCAUCAUCCGAUUUUUAACGAAAAAAAAAAUCAUUACAAAAAAACGAAAAAAAAAUAAAUUACAUGUAGAACUGAGAGAAAUGGGCUGAAUUGAGGAGAUUUCGGAUACCCGAUUUUCUGAUUCGGAGUGUCAGCACCGUGCGGUGUUGCACCACACGCGCACUGAAAAAGACCCGAAAUUGCGAGGUGCAAAAGGACAACAUGCACUGUGCAACAAAAAGUGCAAAAUCAGUGCUCGCACCGUUCACGCUCCUUGUAGAGCUGCCCCGCCUCCCUUGCCUUUCAAGUCGGGGAAAAUUGACUAUAAAACCGAUCUUGUGCUAAAAAUAACUGGAAAGAUGCAAUUUUCGUUUUUUAAAAGUAUUCAUUCCAGUUGAAAUGGAAACUCCGCAUUUUCAAAGUCAUUUUGCAGGUCCAGCUAUUCAUUUGAGGAAUCCCCAGUUAACUGGCAAAGCUUUCGUCAAAUUGAAUAAAAUAACAGUGCCAAAUCCGCAUAUGUUCUGCAAAAAAUGGGAUCUCCUGCGUCUGGAAAACAACGUAACGGCAGAAGUCAGGAACCGGCUGGAAACAGUUGCCAACAAGGUGAAUUCUAAAACCGAAAUAAAACUAGAUAUCAAGAAAAAAACGUAUUAAUGCCUCAUAAUGCAUAGAAAGAGUAAUCAGAAACAAGAAAAAUUAUCUGCCAAACCCCAUAGCCUCAAAUUUUAAUUUUUCGGGUGAUUUUGAUUUCUGUCGAGCCAUUUUUUCAUUGUUUCUUAAAGACAAACAAACAUUGAAAGUAGGAAUAAUUGAUCAAUUUGAUUUUAUUUUUUCAAAACUGAACAGAAGAAAAACGUUAAUUUAAUUUCUUUCAAAUGCAUUUCUUAGAGGAGUUAUUUUUUUUAGAAUUCAAUGGAUUUUAGCAGAUAAUCUCACUUGUUUCCUAAUGCUCUUACCCCGGUCUAUCACACACAGAAGAUUGAAUUCGAUACCCGUCUCCAAGUCUGAGUUGUUGCGCAGCGAAAAAAAGAAAUGGACUGAGAACUGAAAUUUCAAACUUGUUUCAGUUUUUUUUUCCUGUUGUAAUGGUUUAUAAUUAUCUUAUUUAUUCAACAGUUGACCAGUUGAAAUUUCAACCCAACUUUUAUGUUUGACGAUUUUGCGGAUCAACGUUUGAGCAGGCGCCUGCAGGUCUACAAAGUGCUUGAUUUGAGCCUUGAAAAUUGCCAUCAUAAACGAAAAAAAAAAACGAAAAACAUUUCUAAUUUCAAAAGUAUUCAGACGUUGGCCGUGUGUAACACUAUGACAACACCAACGCCAACGUCCGCAACGGUUAAAACGACAGCUUCUACAAACAUAAGCCUUCCGUCGACAUCAAACGACACCGCCGUGAACCCGUCGCAAUGCGCUCAAAGCGUGGCUUCCGCCGUCGCCUCAGCCUCGCAACGAGAAAAAGAUUGUCCUAGCAACAGUAACUUCCUUUGCGGGUUUUCAAUGAUGAACCGAAUUCCAGAGGGCCUUUUAAUCGGUGGCAUAGUCUUGGUUGUUGUACUUCUGAUCCUCCUGGCGAUUUCGACUUUUGUAGCCAUCAGACUCUAUUUCUUCAGGAAAGACGAAGACGCCGAUUUUGCUGUAUAUGGUGAUUAUAGUGUCUAAUUUAAAUGGCGAAAAUUUGAACAAAGAAAAGAUGUGACAAGAACUCCCUUAUUUUACCACAAGCUGGGAAACGUUUCAAACGAUAUUUAGUUUCAGAAAUUAUUCGGGUCGAUUUUCAGAAAAAAUCCUUACAUCUUAUUUGAAUGACCGUCUUCGUUAAUCGUAUGAAUAUAUAGUGCCGCGUGGUAAAGAAAAUUUCACAGAAACAGAUGAAAAUAAAAACGAGCCAACUAAAAUGUAAUCGGUCUUAAUAAAUUUUUUAGCAAAUGACUUUUUUUUCAAAUCUAAAAUUUUAUAAAAUAAUUGGAUAAUCAGAAAAUGUAAUCUUGAUACAUAUUGUUUCUUGAAUAAUAAUUUUCUCAAUUAUUUCUAUUCGACCUUUGUUUUUUCUGGAAAGUAUGGGAGUUUUAAAGUCCUACAGCCAGAUUUUUCGCAAAAACUUUCUUAGGUCUAUACUUCACUCAAAGAAGAGCGGACAAGAAAAAUUUUAAAGAUUUUUUUUUUCCUCAGGAUUGUCUGCCUAGUUUGCGAGAAAAAAAAAUUUUUUUCCAUUGACGUGAAAAUUUUCAUUUUUUUAAGUUAAUUGCUGGCUAAACACAACGGCAUUUGUGUUUAAAUGUUCAUUUAGGCUGGAAUGAACAUUUUUGACUGAUAUACUCUCAAUUCGUUGAAGUUUGGUGAAACAAUCGGAGCAUUUUAAGCGAUUACCUUACGGGUACAUAAGGCUCAUGUUGCUGUACACGACGUUCUUUUUUACGACGCCCCGCCCACAAUUUUUCGUAAUAUAAGACGUCUUUGGUGCAUACACAGAACGAAGCUAACUUGCAUACUCCAUUGAUUCAAAAACAAAAACAUUUUUGUACAAAAAAUGAUGAAAUAGAAAUUUUUUGAGAACUACAGACUGGGAUAAUGAUGAUUCAACCACAUUUCUAUUUUCUAGUUAACUUCACGACAAAAUAAGUCGGUUUAAAAAUUUUUCUCACUUUUUGAAAGAUGUUCUUUUUAUUUCAUAUCUCAAGUAAUUAUGAAGCACUUUUUGUGUGUGAAACAAUUGAAGUUAACGUUGAUGCUGUUGCUAAAAACAUUUUUAGCUUUAGUAGUGAAAUUCGGUAAUAAGGUGGAUUAUUAAAAAUGGUUACUUCAUUCAAAAAAUUAAGCGAAACCCAAAAGUGAUGUGAUUAGGGAGUAGAAAAAAACAUAAAAGCUUUUUCGAUUGUUUUUUGGCUUUCUCACAGUCACGAAAGCUGCAUGAGUUCGGAAAAAAGCAAAUUCAAAACAAAAAGAUUCGAAGGUUCAUUUUUUUUUUUCAUGAGAGUUUGAUGAUGAACGGUAAAGAAAAAAGAAAUAUUAUAUCAACUUAAUACAAAAUUAAAACAACCAAAACUUGUCAAAUAUUACAAUAAGACUGGAUAUUGAUAAAAUAAUUCAAAAAAAGCCAUAUAAAAAAGAAGUGUUCGAUUUUUGGCGGGGCGACGGAGCAUCUAAGUUGGAAGGGUUUUUUUUUCACAAAAUUUUACAAUUUUACACAUUUAUUUUACAUUUUCUUUCACUACGCAGAACGCCGUGUGUAGCGGGGCAUGAACUUUGCUCCCGCUACAGCACCCGAGCAGAGAGCAAACUAUAAGAAAGGCUUUUUUGUGAGCAAGAUAAGCCGGUACAUAGUAUUCUUUCAGUAUCGUAUAUAACGCAACUUACAAAUUCGAUGAUUCUCCUCCAAUCGGGCCGAGACGGAGCUAUGCGUUAGUUCCCUCAUCGUACCGAAUUUUUGAUCAGAUUUUUGCAGUUAACGGCUAUAUAUUCGAUGGUCUUCAAGUAAAAUGUUCCGAAUUGGGUGAGUUUGGUUCGAACUCGAAAAAAAAAACACUAUUUUCUGCACCAGACAAUUAUCGAAACAGUCUUAACUUUCACUACUUCUUGAUUUAUGAGAAGACACCCCCAAAUGCCGGCUGAAGAGUCUUUCUUAAAAUCUCUUUUUUUCUCAGAAACUAGAAAGUUUUGCAGGUUUUGACUUUUUGCACUUUUCUCUUCUCUAGAAAAACAAAAAACAACAACAAACCAUUCUUUAAAACUGAAAAAAAUCCCUCUGGUCGUUAAUUGGAAAGAGAAAAAACCUUUUCGUCAGAAAGUUUACCAUCUCUGGUGUGAGAUAAGAUCAUCUUUUAGCUUUAUCGAAAAAGCCUUCAAUUUUCAAGUUGAGUCACAGCCGAAAAGAUUUAAAAAUUCACUUCUUGUAGCGCCGACUUACAGUAUUUGAACUUGGUUGCGAUUUUUUUUUUGGCGUGAGUUCGGAUUCUGUAGCUAGUUCUUCAAUUUGAAGGAAUUUGGAUAACAAAAUCCAAACACGGCGGAAGUGAACGGAUUCACGCUAAAAACAAGCCUAAAACAUGAUCUGUGCUCACCUUUAUUUUUUUUUUUCUAGCUUACCUUGUGAAGUGUUACCACACGCAGGCCACGGAUCGCAAAAAGAAAUUCGAAGUGGGCAAGCCUCUAGAUCCAAAAACGGACUUCUAUUCGGAGUUAUUCGAAAAAAUUCCAUGGAAUAAAAAAUUUGGACCGUGUGAUAAACAGGACAAGACGGAGGAGUUCAUCGAAGCGGCGCAGAAGUUUGAAACUGUGAAAAAGGCACACCAAGCUGGAAAGGAGUUUGAGCCGCCGAAAGGGACUCGUAUCUGGUCGGACCUGCGACUGAAAAACCAGGAACUAAUGGACGUAGUGAAACUGCCCGAACAGCAAAUUGUAGAGAAGAGGCCAAAACCUCAGCUACCAGAAGGUCCACCGAAGGUUUUGAAAAAACGGCAAAAAGGAGGAGGAGACCCGCCUUCCAAAGCUAUCACGAGCGUCGUCAAAAACGAAAAUUCAAAGAAGAAAGAAACGAAGAAGGAAGACCCAAAGGUGGAAGAGAAAAAAAAGGAGGAUCCAAAGGCGGAAGAGAGGAAGAAGGAAGACCCAAAGGUGGAAGAGAAAAAAAAGGAGGAUCCAAAGGCGGAAGAGAGGAAAAAGGAAGGCUCAAAGGCGGAAGAGAAACGAAAGGAGGAUCCGAAAGCAGAAGAGGCAAAAAAGGGUGAACUGAAGAUAGGAGAACUAGAUAAACAGGAAGGUGAACCUGUAAAAUUCGUGAAGCCUGAAGAUAUCGUGAAGAGGUUAUUAAAAGAAGAUCAGCCGAAACAAGUUUACGAUGUGCCACGCGAAAAAAUCGUGCUUGAUAAGUGUCUUCCGCUGUCUCCUUCGAGUCCGGUUAAAAAGGAAGUACGACGUUUUUUUAAAAACCAAAGCCAAAGUUCUGAGUGAGUGCUUCUUUCUUUUUUUAUUGAUAAUUAUUCACUAGCAGAGGCUGGUAAAACUGUAGCCUUCAAUCGGAUCUAAAGGCAGCUUGUUGAACAGUUGAGACACCAUGGCAGAGAUAGGCGAAAAAAAGACAUUUUUUUGCGCAUUUUGCAUUCUGCUUUUUUUCUAUAUGACUUCUCAAAAUGUACUUUGAUCCAACUUUUUUACUGUCCACUCAUCUUUUUAUCUUAUUCGAACCGCCUCGAUAAGAUGUCACAGUCGAAAAAAAUGUCCUUUGAAGAAAAAAAAUAUAUAAAUUUCACUUUUUGCAAUCCAAAAAAACACUUAUUUUUUUGUACUGAGGGUGUUGCCAGUGCUUCACCAUUUCGCGAUUUAAAAAUUUAGUUCCGACCAUCUGGAUCAAAUACGAUUUUGUUGAAAGCUAAGAUGUCAGAAAUUUCUCGUCGAAGCUGAAGUCGAGAAAAACUUUUCAAGGCGGUCCGAGUAAAAAUCAAAAGAUAGACUCAACCUGAUGAGCAUCUCACGAAAGGUCUCGGAGGUGUUGACAGCUUAGAACGAAAAAGCAGGCGAUUUGGCAAUUGCUACGAAAACAUUUGCUUUCUCGAGCAGCUUGUUUCAGGCGUCGAUUUAAGCUCAAACCACGAUAAUAAAAAGUACUAGGUCCAAUAUUCUCAUCAUUCUGAUGAUCAUCUGCGCCUGUCAGAAAAAAAAAAAACAUCACGAUACCUCAGUUGUGAAGAAUUGAAAUUUUAGGGGAUACAUUCUCAAUUUUUUCAUUGGUGAUGGAAGAGCUGCAGAAUUACUGUGAAGUUCACGCUAAAGGUAUAGAGAAUGAUGAGAGAGAAAAAAACAUUUUCGCAAUUGUGAUUUCAGUUUGGAAGCUCCUCAACUUGAACGCCAACCAAGUGGAGAUCAAGCUAAUAGAAAGAGCGAGAUACAACUGUUCCUAUGAAAUAAUUAAUGAUGCUAGUCCCGGUUACCCUCAAAAGCUUAAAUGGCCGUUAAAGGAAUGCACCCCUCAACAAAUUUCUUCACGUGAGUUUUGAAAAAAAAUAUUUCAUAAUCAACUUUUUACCCGCUUGAAAUGCAGUGGGAAUGAUGUGAAAAAGAGCGGUUUUGAUAUCUGAUUAUUAAUAAAAAAAAUACCAGGAACAAUAAAAAAACCUUGAUCAGGAAACUGCUUGAAAGGGAAAAAUCAAUCAAAAAGAUUGAAAUUCGAGUUUGAAUUUUUACAUUUUGCCAAAAGCCGGGUCGCUACCGUUCCUGUUAAGUAAGGACGAGUUGACUAUUUAAAAAAAUUUACUGAGAGUUGAAAACGUGUUCGAAAACCUUUCUGUACCUAUUCAUAUACUUUUUUUAAUGUAACAGAAAUUUUUUUAACUUCAAUUUUGAUUCUACUAAAAUCUAGAUUCUAUCAUUCUCAGUAAAAAAAGAUAAUAUGCUUACGUAUUUAAGUAGUAUAAACAUUAUAACUACUUUGAAAAAACAAAGAAUAAACUUAAAUACCAAAUGGAGUUUAGCGCCGUUUAUUCAGACAAACUUUUUCUACAGCUGUUUCGACAGAUCAGCUGUUAGACUUAUUUGAUUGUUUUGAUGAUUUAUUUUUUGUACUUGUAGAUUUCGGAAUGACGAAUAAACACUUGAAAUGAAUGAAAAUGAGAGCCGUCAAGAAAUUUUUAUUUCAUUAAAGUUCGCUUUUUCGAAGUCGAAGACCUGACAGAGUUGUUCUCAAAAUAUGCGUUCAAGUUACACGAAUUUGUUCGUUUACAUGUCAAAUGAAACGGAAAAGGAUGACUUUGGAAUAAUUCUGACGCGUUCAAUCUGUAUAGGCCAACGAAACCUCGGGCAAAGCGGGAAUGGUGGAUAAUGGCCGCUAAAAAAAGGAAAAAAAGGCUCUAAAAAAAGCAGCAAAAAGGCAACAAAGAGAGUCCUUUUAUCGAUCCUUCCAUGUUCUCUAGAACUUUGAAGGCGCAGAAAGGCAGCAAAAUGGGAGCCUUCGGCACCCUAAAAGGAACAUUUCUAUCAUUUCCUUUUUCCACCCUUUCCGACUUUGCCUAUGACGAUGGUUCAGAUUGUUGUGAACUCGCCUCUCUUUCAUUUCAUUUUCAGUGGCAUACAAUGAACUCAAAAAAUUGCGCGCUUCUGCCAAAGGAAACGAGAAGCGGCUUCUGGAGCUGUUGGAGGCCGAACACAUGGAGAAGGCGAAUCUCUUGCACGCUGAAGGCCUCAAUUAUUACUACUGGUUUAAAAGUUCGUAUUUCCUCUUUCUUGGCACGUAUCGAAAACAAAAAAAAAAAUAAAUUUCGCAUUCCAAGACUCGAAGAAAAAAGACUGGACAAAAACUUCAAGUUUUUCAGAGUUCGUACUAGUUGAGCAGGCAAUUCUUCCAGGAGAGACCAUCGCCGAUGCUAGUAAGAGGAUUUACAGUGAGUUUACCCAUUCCGUUUGGUGCUUCCACUCUCCUACAUAUUUUAGGGUGCAAACUAAAUGAGUUCCAAGCUCGGCUGAAAGAGAUAUUUUUCAGAGAGUAAAGAGCGAUUCACUGAAAUCAAUGCUCUGCUGAACCCCGUUCAUAAUGCGGCGCAUCCAAAUAAGAAGCUCCCGAAUCCUCAGAAAACACAGAUCCCUGCAGCUCCGAAAACGUCGGAAGAGAAACAUUCGAAGGACAAAAAAUCAAAGAAGGCCUAA